AUGAGAACACCUAGAUUGACGCUGUUUGGGCGCUCAGUUUUGUUGGUUACUUGCGAAAUCGCGGCCAAUGCCAUCUGUUGGAUCGUAGCAGCCAUAUUGUUUAGGAAACAUAACGAGAGUCAUUCGAUUUUAGGUUUAGCCUUAUUGGCGUGGACCCUGGGAUUAAGGCAUGCGUUAGAUGCUGAUCAUAUCAGUACCAUCGUUAUCAUUGUGAAUAUUGCCAUCGCUAUCUCUGCUGAUGUUUACAACAGAAUAAACGGUGUUGGAGAGGUCGGAGGAAUUGUCGGCGCGGCUGUAUCCGGCUCAUUCCUGUUUAUUGUCGGUCUUGCUAAUACAGUGAUACUAUGGAGAAUCAUCAGGCGCCGGAAGCAGCAAAAGAUUCUCGAGAAACGAAGGCAGAAUGGAGAAGAAGUUGAAGACAUUAACCACAAUCCUAAACACGAUCAUAUGCUUAUGAUGCGUAUCCUGGGACCUAUAAUCACAUUUGUCAACCGGCCGUGGAAGAUGUACCCCGUUGGAGUGCUUUUCGGAUUCGGAUUUGAUACGGCUUCUUCAAUCGCUCUAAUCGCAGUGUCCGCACUCGCAAAAAAAAGAUCUGAUGGGUCCUCUAUACCAAGCGGACAAAUUAUUAUACUUCCUCUUCUCUUUACAGCAGGAAUGACUCUGGUCGACUCAGUCGACUCUAUCCUGAUGCUCUAUUCGUACACGGGAUUCCCUGAGCGCACCUUACUCAUCUUCGCGCCAACUUCAAAGGAAAAUUCCACUGAGGCCACUCUUCAAAGUGAAAAAACCGAUGCAAUCAAGGAGAAAUCGGCCGAGAUAGUGCAACAGGCUGAAGAAAAAACAUCGACGGAUAAUAAUAGCCGUCCUUCUGUUGAGCUGGAGACCGACAGCACCGUAGAGCGGGAUACACGUGUAAAGAUGAAUGUGAUGUCUGGGCUUAGUAUCAUUCUCACCCUCAUGAGCAUUCUAGUGGCAUUCAGUAUCUCAUUGAUAACUAUUAUGAGCCUUAUUGGAGAGCAGUGUGGUGCCUGUGUUUCUGCCGCAGAGGCGGAUGAUGGUCAUGGAGGCGGCCUCGCAGGACGUUGGUGGAGGGGAUGGGCGCAGGCAAGUGAACAGUCAGGGUACAUCGGAAUCGCUAUCGUCGGCGCUUUCCUUGUAAUUGUUGUGGGUUGGUAUUCCACUCGUUGGGUGGCGCGGAAAUUCAAAAGUGAGGCGUUGCCUCCGAGCUUGCAUGCCUAG